ACAACAUUAUUGUCCGUUUUCUCUUUCUCAGCGUCGCUUCCUCUUUACAUGCAGAAAUGAAGUAUUAGUCAAACAUCUAGUACUUAUACAUUAACAAAAUAAAAUAUGUAAAAUGUACUAAAGUCAGCUGGACAUGAUGCGACGCAUUCCGCCUUGCGCCAAAGGAUAGCUAACGUAGUUAUUUCGGUUCGCGAUUCAUAGUCUGUCAAUCAGAUGUACGUUAACGUUACUGAGCUCGAUGCUAACAGUGCGAGGUUUUUAUAUUCGGGAUUUUUACGAUUUUAUGAUGAUUGCCUGUUCGUGAAAGUGUGAAGUGCAACAUUUACUGUGCAUUUUGAAACUGUGGACUUGAGAAAUAAAACAUUUGAGAUGGAAGUCAGCAUGGGUGGUCAUUAAUGUUAUGAUCACUGUUGUGUCUAUGCAUUCAGCAAUCAAUUCUUCUCUAUAAGAACAAGCUCGAGUAGAUCAGAUACAGGAUGACGGACACUCUGGUCAUCUCCUUCCAGACUCAGCUGUCUGCGGUCAUGGAAAAUAUUCUCAAGACCACCAUGUUCGAGAUCACCAGGUUAGUGGAGGAGAGCUUCUUGGAGCAGAUGGACCGAGGCAAGCGAGAUGUGGAGGUGUUAAAACGGAGACUGACAGUUUCGGAGGGCAAGCUGAGAGAACGGGAGAGGUUUAAGAGGGUGAGGUGUAUGGACUGUGGGCGGACAGCAGUGUCCAGGAGGAGGGUACUACACAGAGGCCCCGAAACACAGAGCAGUUUGGACAAUCCACUUGUUAAGCAGGAAAAUGCUUCUGACAGUAGCUGGAGUUGCAGUCCCAAGGGAAGCGCAAAUCAGGAGAAGCCUUCAGCACCGCUGGACAGGAUACAUAAUGCUGUUCAAGUGGGUGAGCAUAAUCCUGGAGUAGAAGUGAAAGAGGAAACGACAGAGCCUAGAGACACGCAAGCUUAUCUAGUAAUACACUCUCAAAUACACAAACAAAAAGAUCCUCAGAGCUGUGUGGAAGAGACCAACGGACUCCGCAACACAGAUUCUGACCACAAACCAGGUGGACCGUCCUGCACCGAAAAACCGGGGGAUGAGGAUGAGGUCAGACACAGAACCCCCCAAAAAUGGUUUGACUCUGAAACAGACCCUUCAGCACGGUCAUCUGUUUCACAGCCAGAGCUAGUCAGGACCUCCGUAUCUUCAGAGUCUCCGGGUUUGAGACCCCAGGUAAGCAGCAUAGACUCAGCCUCUAUCAAACAGGAAGUUAUAGUGAUGCUUCCACCAGACUGGGAGGAAAUGGAGAGAAUCGGGCCUCAGAUGGUUUCUGCUCGCAACAGUGCUAAGAAGACGCCGUUGGACCUUCAGCCUGGACAUCCUCAAGUACAAAAGCAAGUCUCUUAUCCCACGCCUCCCGUCAAGGUUCAGAGCCUUGCUCCACAAGCCAUGCAGCAUCUCAGAUCACCCGUUAGGAAGAACACGAAAGUUGUUUUACAUCCCAACGCGGUUGUGUCAGAUCACAGCGCCAGUGAUGUUAACCGAGCACAAUCCAUCUCCAAAGGCCUUCCUACUCCAAAACCCUCUCAAGUCCGUCAGUAUCCUGAAGGAGCCGCUACAGGGGAAAGAAGUUUCAGCACCGUGCAUCCAGGAAGAAGUCUGCCGCCUAUGGUCAGUGUGAGGGUUCAAGGGGACACGCGCCACCAUUCGGCAAGGACAACGCACAAUUGCAACCAGUGUGGGAAAGGCUUCUCUCAUCUGUGUCACCUCAGAGCUCACCAACAGAUUCACUCAGGAGACAGGCAGUUCUGCUGUACCAUCUGUGGACGGAGUUUCACCAAACUGAGUAACCUGAAAGCACACCGCAGGGUUCACACUGGCGAGAGACCUUACAUCUGCUCAGACUGUGGGAAAAGGUUUACCCAGAAAUGCAACUUGAAGAGACAUCAGAGAAUUCACUCUGAACUCUCACAGUCCAGUACAUGAUGAGGCGUGGAGCUUUAAUAGUGGUCGAAUCUGUGCUGUUACAUGCUGUUUCGCUGGCUGGCUCAAAUUAUUUUUUUAAUAUCAUGCGUCUUUUUGAAUGCUGUACUACAUCUAACUUUUUAAACAUUGUUCUGAAAAAUUUAUUUUGCAGUGAUGUGACUGGAUCGCUCAGGGGAAGAUGCAGAUUGUAUCAUAUUAUAUAAAAAGCAGAGGACUUUUCCACUCCCUCUUGAUGUUACAGGCUAUUGAAGUAGGUGAGUUUGUCUCACAAAUAAAUGUCCAACUAAAUGAAUGUUUUGUUUCACCCUGAGAUCAAAAGAACAUUUAUGCAAUUAUAUUUUCUGUAAAAACCUGAAAAACCUUUAAGAUUGUUAUUCAUUAUUUUUAAUUUCAGUAUAAAUUCAAUUCAGCAAAAUAUAACCAUGGAAUAUACUUAGAAUGGUGCACAUGUACAUUCAUAUUUUAAUUGGGUAUGUAUAUACACAACCGUUCAGAAGAUUGGGUAAGAAUUGGGUCAGUAAGAUAUAUUUUUUUAAAGAAAUUAAUACUUUUUUUUAAGCAUGGAUUCUUUAAAUUGAUCAAACGUGACAGUAAAGACAUUUAUAAUGUUUUCUGUUUCAUUCCUGUUUUAUAUUCAAAGAAUAAAACAAUAUAUCAUGGUUUCCACAAAAAUUUUAAACAGCACAACUAUAUUCAACAUGACAAUAAAAAUAAUGUUUCUUGAGCUGCAAAUCAGCAUAUUAGAAUGAUUUCUGAAGAAUCAUGUGACACUGGAGUAAUGAUCGUUGUCACAGGAAUAAAUCUCAUUUUAAUAUAAGUAAAAUAAAAACUUUUUUUCCUUAUUAAUAGACUUUUGCUAUAAAUGCAAAAGGUAUUGAUUUUUAUUUAUUCUUUUUUCUUUUGAUUUUGGGGUGAAAUAUGACUCGGACCGUUUCAUCCAUGCUUUGGAAAUUUUCUCUGUUUCUUUAAAGUGUUUAAUUCAUUUCAAAUGGGAGUUUUACAAGCCUUGAAUAAGAUGAAUUAAAUUCAACUACUCAAUGUUAAAUCAUAUCCCUUUGAUUUGUUUGUAUAUUCAGAUGUGUAGCAUAGCUCUUUCAAAUGGUGCAUAUACUCACUAUUGCAACAGCAUUACUGUGUUUUUUUUACAAGAUAGCCAGUAAACUUUGCUGAACUUGAUUACAUGUGGGUUACAUGUUCACAUUUAGAUGUCAAUGCCGAUGUUUUAGGUCCAAACCUAUGCAGGGGUUUUCAGAUGAAGAUUUAAAAAUGUAGUGAUGUGGUAUAGGUUCAGUAUUCUUUAGUGUAAACAAAGAGUGACAGUAUAGCUGGAACAUACGCAUACCAUCCCAUCUGUUUUUAGUUUAAUAUCUUUUGCUGAUUAAAUGCCACACACUGUUCAAUUAUACACUGAUUAAACUCAGACUAUUGGUGAUCCAGGUACACCACAGUGAGCCAUGUACAUUACAGCUCAAUGACUGUAAUUCAAAUUUCUUUUUUUCUCUGUGAAAAUGACAAAUUUGAAUAAUGAUAUUACAUUUCAAAUGGACCAAAUGGCUAAAGUGUAGGAAGUUCAUGUCUCUAUUUAUGCAUAUAUAUGUUGUUUUGUAAUGUUUGUCAACAAAAUUAAAUAGUUAUCCAGCUCUUUGGUAGAGUACUAACAUACAGUA